UGUUCCACAAAUUGGAAUUUUCAAAAUACAAUAGACCAAAAAAUUUGUGGCAAAAAAAAAAUUUCGGUUCUAACACAAAUUCGGCUUGUAAUAUUCUUUUGGUACAUACACACAAUUCAAAAUUUUCUUGUCUUAGGAAGUGGAUAAAAUUGGCGGUGGAAUUCAGCUUUUCGGCGAAUAUUUUUUUUUCCGGCUUGCAGUUAUAAAUUCAAAAUUUUCGCUUUUACAACAAAAUGAGAUAUUUCCGUUUUUAGUUGUCCAGAUGAUUUGAAUACAUCAACGUUUUUCGAAAAUCGAAGAACCCACUUUAACAGCAUACAUGAGAUGGAGGAGAAUCGGGUGCGUGGGCGUCGAUCACCGCAGCGCAGCGAGCAGCAGCAAUAUCUAGAUGCAACCAACACCAGAUUCCCGCCUUCACCGCGUCAGUAUGAGCCACAAGAGUUUGAUUUAUGUGAAGGUGAACCAUUCCAGCAUCCACGCAUGUUUGAAAAUAUGACAUACGAAACAAAUGCUGCUGCACUUGAAGCAAUGCGUGCACAAAAUGCCAGACCGCCUUACCGACAGCAGCCACAAUUCAAUAUCAGUGAUCUGCCGUCGGAACGACUGGAAGAGUUCUCAAAUCCACAGUUUAGUGAGUCUUAUGAGGGUGAGUGUCCUCCGUCACAGCCUAAAACUCCAGAUAUUUGUGAUGUAUCCGCACCAGACUUUUGUGAUAUAUCUGAUGCAUCUCCUUGGCCCGAACAGACGCCACAAAGACGCAUACGCUCACUAAUGCGACAGCGGCGAAGCCAACCAACUUUCUCACAAAAAAGAACAUCAGAUAUUUGUGAUAUAUCUGAACCUAAUUAUUCUGCUUGGCUUAGUCAGAUACCUUCGAAUCGUGCGCAGUCGUCACAGCACCAACAAAGACGACGAUCGUAUACCGAUGAGUGCUUUGACGACGAGUCAGCACGUAUCUAUGAGAGCUCACAAGGAUCGCCUACUCCUCAGAUUCAUUAUACACCUAUCGAUCUAAUGGCCACACCGGACGUGUGUGCACCAACACCACCGGCACCCACACCAACGCCUCCACCACACCUUUCACCAAUCAGACUCCAACCGUCGCCUGUGCAAUAUCCCAGCGAGUGCUUAGAAGAUAUUUCAGUGCCUUCGUUCCAACGUACACCUCCCACGCCACCAAGGUUUCCAAUGCCGCAAGAUUUGCCCUCUGAUAUGGUUUGUGAUGAAAGUGCUCCAACGUUUGGCUCUCCCCCAUCGCCUUCCAUGUCUUUUCCAAGCGAAGAUUUGGUUGAAAUGACAAUGCCUUCAUUCGAAAAUGCCUCUUGCGGCUCACCGCUAGAUAGGCGGUUUCUCUUGGACUCCCGAUUAGCUGAAGAAAGCCCACCUGACUUCGCCUCUUCCCGUUUCUCUUCGCCAACACGAUCUACCUCUUUUAGAGACCCCACUUCAAGUCGUGCGUGUCCAACCACAAGUCCUUUAAGUCAAGCACAACAACAGAACUAUCAAUCGACUCCUGUGCGAAGACGUUCAUCACCACCACGAAGAUUUGAUCUUGCGCGUUUAAUGUCGCAGCGAAUUGCGGCUGCGGAGUGUUCACCUUUGGCAGCUCCAAGUCCAACAGAGGAAUGCACGCCUAGAUCUGCAGCACCACAUUUUUCAUAUUAUUCUCCCACACCUGUCCGUAGACACUCCAUACCUAAAGACUUGACUAGUGAAUGUUUAGGGGAUAUAAGCGAACCUUCAUAUUAUAACAGCAUUUCACGCGAUUCUCCAUAUAUGCGAUCGCUUCCCAGCAACUUACCAAGUGAAUGUCUUGGAGACAUUAGUGAGCCAGUGUUUGAAAGAACUCCACCCGCCAGAACACCAUCUCUGCCGCAAGAUCUGCCAUCGGAGCUAAUAUGUGAUAUGUCUCAACCUCUGUAUGACACUCCGCGCAGCGAGCAUUUGUCAAGUAUGACAAUGCCUUCCUUCGAAGACGCAUCUUGCGGUUCACCAUUAGAUAGACGAUUUCUAUUGGAUUCUAAAAUUAUGGACGAAAGUCCACCAUCUUUUGUAUUAUCAUCGCGUAGUUUAUCACCCUGCAGAUCCGCUUCACCGUGUGCACAGCGAGCGGGUCCAUGUCCAUCUGCGUCAUUUGCACGCUCUAGAGCAACAACACCUCAGCGUCAAGUGCCCUCACCUCAAUUUUCACCAACUUCUAGAGGACGUUCAUCGCGCAGUCCAUCACCUCAAUGUUCACCAAUUCCCCCUGCAUCACAUUUCUCUUUGCGUUCUCCUACACCUGUUAGAUCGCCAGCUAAAUGUCCGAUGCCAAUGGAUUUGCCGAAAGAAUGUUUGACUGAUAUAACAGAACCGGAAUAUUAUAGCAGUUAUCGAAGUACUCCACCGCCACAAAGACCAUUUCCCAGCGAUAUGGGUAGUGAAUGUCUGUCUGAUAUCCGCGCCCCAUACUUUGAGAUGACCCCAGCUGCCAGAACACCUUCAAUGCCUCACGAUCUACCAUCUGAUAUGAUAUGUGAUGUAAGCUCGCCAAAAUAUCAGUCCCCAGGUAGUGAACACUUAUCAGUGGAGUCAAUGCCCUCUUUUGCGGACACUUCUUGUGGGUCACCGUUGGAUCGCCGAUUUGUUUUGGAUCCAUACUUAGCUGACGAAACCAUGCCGUCAAUGGUUUCUUCCAGAACGCCAUCACCGUCACCUGAAAGAUUUUCACCUUCAUGCGCCAAAGACGAACCCAGUUUUGACAAAACAUACAGUGAAAUUCUUCAACGAUUCAAUUCAUUGAAAUGCAAAUUAGAGUCGCCCAAUGCUGUUGCGUCUACUACAACAGGUGAUGGAUCGCCUGCUGGUGAGUGUGUGCGAGAAACCGUUAUAGAACGAACGGAAAACGAGAAUGGGCAACUUGAGAGCACCACUCAACACAUCGUGGUUACAAUAGAUCAAUGCGGAUCUAUAAAAACACAAACUAAUGAGAUUAAAACACAAUAUCCAGGUACCAUUUCCAAAUCGCCCAGCAGAUUAGCUCCACCUUCAGCUGAUUCGGGUAUACUUACACAGAGUCCAAGGCCAGGGGCACAAAUUGAAGGAUUACGUAACUCCGUUCGUAGACGUUUGAGCUUUGACCUUUCUGACAUGCCAAGCGACAAUUUGGCUGACGUCAGCCCGCCGUGUGCUGAUGACCUACCGUCUAUGUCGACGGAAAAUAUUUUGCAGCAACUAUCGAGUAUUCCCGAAGAACAACUAUCAAAUAUUUCCGCACCAUCGUAUCGAACACCACCGAUUCCAUCUGUUUCAUACCCAAGCGAAAGGUUGGAUCAAAUGUCGAUGCCAUCCUUUGAAAACGCAUCUUGUGGCUCACCACUUGAUCGACGAUUUCUAUUGGAUCCACGACUUGCGGAUGAAAGUCCGCCACAAUUUGCAUCAUCCUAUGUCUCUGCGCCAGGAGUACCUUAUGAAUCUAGGAGCCCUACUUCACAAAGUUCAUACAUGCGUACUAGAACUCAGACACCCUCACCAACUGCUCCAGCUCAAAGGCAAUUUAAGGCAGCUAUCCAUUCGCCCCAACGUUUUCAACCCCCUUUGUCGUCUUCAACAGACGGUGGCCGUUCAUCUACACCUCUACGCAGAUUUUCGCUACGUCCACUUACACCAACGCAAUACCCGCCAGCACGACCUUUCCCAACAAAUUUACCUCACGAGCAACUAACAGACAUUUCUCAGCCAAGUUUUUUUAGCAGUGCACCAACAACUCCACAACAAAAACGUUACCUACCUAUGGAUAUUCCAAGUGAGAGGAUUGAUGAUGUUAGCCAGCCUACUUUCCAAAAAACUCCGCCUCCAAAAACACCCGACACACCGACAAAUUUGCCAAGUGAAAUGUUAGGAAAUAUAUCUGCACCGUCUUAUCGAUCGCCAGCAAGUGAACAUAUUUCAAGUGUUACUAUGCCCAGUUUUCAAGAUGUUUCAUAUGAGUCGCCUUUGGAUAGACGAUUUCUGUUGGAUCCCAGAUUAGCAGAUGAGACCAUGCCAUCAUUACCGAGAACACCACAAUCACCUGAUAUAGAUACACCGAGGGCCGGUACAAGUGCACCAAGGCCUGGUGCGGCUAGACGAAGGCUUUCCUACAGUCAACCGGAUACAACACGAGGUGGCACUUUUAGAGGCGCUAAUGCUAGAAGCAGCUCUGAUGGUAGAAACGGACAGGGUGGACGCGGUCCCGCUACAGUAGAGCAAACACACACCACUGUACAACAAAGCGGAACCUAUGAACAGCAACACAGUGUCACGCCUGCUGGCAAUGAGCCAACGCAGUUCCGAAGCCAAGGACGGCACGGACAGUCGCCGUUAAUAGAUGCAUCGAAAGAACAACUCCACAUAACAACUUCGAUACAUUCCAUCACAAGAGUUUAUCCUGAAAAAGCAGGCGAAACCACCACAGGUCGACGUAAGCGUAGUUUAUCAUUACCAAGUGAAAAUCUUGGUGAUAUUUCAAUGCCUUCUGGUCCACCCUCCAUGGGCAUAUCGACGUCGACCACGAAACGUUCGCAGCGAGGUAAAAUGUCAACAAUUAGUCAAGAUCUGAAUGAUAUUUCAAUGCCACCCAGUCCGCCAUCAAUGUCCACGACCAGAACCGGACGUUCACCACCGCGCACAGGUCGGCGACGAUCCGUACAAGAUGUAAAUGAUAUAACACCCAUUUCAUUCGCAUCAACACUGCCUUCGACCGAUAGAUCGGGUUCGACAACGCGUGGCGGCAGAAAUGCAACAGGCAAAUAUCUAUCCACGUCGUCCAGAGGCUUUUCUGGUUUGGCGAACUAUGCUCCUUUUUGUGAUCAAAUCCGUUCGCGCAACAACUCCAACACCUGUGACCCUUGUGAUCCUUGCUGCCCAAUUGUUCAAAACGUUGACUCAUGUGACUCAUGUGAUCCGUGUGCUGGCUUUCUAAACUCGAACAGAUCUCGAAAAACGGAUACAUGUUAAGAGUGAAAACGAUUUGGUAAAAAAGCGGAAAGGAAAGUUUAAAUAAAUUUUUUAAUUUUCAUUAAAAUAAAAUAAAUAAA